ACCAUCCCCACCAAGCAGACGCAGAUCUUCACCACCUACUCGGACAACCAACCCGGGGUGCUGAUCCAGGUGUACGAGGGCGAGAGGGCCAUGACGAAGGACAACAAUCUGCUGGGGCGCUUCGAGCUGAGCGGCAUCCCUCCGGCCCCCAGGGGCGUGCCCCAGAUCGAGGUGACCUUCGACAUCGAUGCCAACGGCAUCCUGAACGUCACGGCCACGGACAAGAGCACCGGCAAGGCCAACAAGAUCACCAUCACCAACGACAAGGGCCGCCUGAGCAAGGAGGAGAUCGAGCGCAUGGUACAGGAGGCAGAGAAGUACAAAGCGGAGGACGAGGUGCAGCGCGAGAGGGUGUCAGCCAAGAACGCCCUGGAGUCAUACGCCUUCAACAUGAAGAGCGCCGUGGAGGAUGAGGGGCUCAAGGGCAAGAUCAGCGAGGCCGACAAGAAGAAGGUGCUGGACAAGUGUCAAGAGGUCAUCUCGUGGCUGGAUGCCAACACCCUGGCCGAGAAGGACGAGUUUGAGCACAAGAGGAAGGAGCUGGAGCAGGUGUGUAACCCCAUCAUCAGCGGACUGUACCAGGGUGCGGGUGGUCCUGGGCCUGGCGGCUUCGGGGCUCAGGGUCCCAAGGGAGGGUCUGGGUCAGGCCCCACCAUUGAGGAGGUAGAUUAGGAGCCUUCCCAAGAUUACUGUUUUUGUUUUGGCGCCUCAAGACUUUGUAUUUCCUAAUAUUUCCGUUUGUCAUUUCUUAGUUUCCUGUGUUUGCAAUGUUCAAGUUUUUUGGUGAAGUACUGAAUGUAACUUUUUUGGUGAAAUACUGAACUUGCUUUUUUUCCGGUCUCUAUGUAUAGAGAUGAAUUUAUACUGCCAUCUUAUGACCAUUUCUUCUUUGUAAUACACUGAACUCAGGCGAUUUUUUAAGUUAGUUCCUUCAAAGUAAAUAAACUUUAAAAUUCAA